AUGAAAUCAAAAAAAUCAGACGAGCUAUUCGACCACAUGGAACUCCAGCCCAGUGGAGAUUCUCAUUUGUUCACAAAUGAUGGAUCGACGUCCAGACCCACAAAGGAUGUUCCAUCAACAGAACAGCUCAAUGUCGAUGAGUUGCUUGCCGGACAAGUUGGAGCAUGUGGACUCUGGCAGUGGCUGAUCAUAGUUUUAAUAGUCUUGUCCGGACCAUCUAUGGCAUUUUUUCCAGUAUUUGUGAACGCUGUGCCAAGUAUGCGUUGCCGAAUGGAGCCGCAGAUAGAAAACCUGUUUGCAGACUUGGAAAUUCCCUUUCUUAAUGUAUCCGAAAUCGUUGGCCCAAAGUCAGGCUGUUCAAGAUAUGCUUACAAUUGGACAAGCAUUGAAAGCUUCGGGGAUCUAAUCAAUUUUCACACGUCGACGAGUGAUGUACGGACAGAAUCCUGCCCCAACGGGUACGUUUAUGAGAGCACUCACUUUCAGUAUCCGGGUUCCAUAGUCGCUGAGUUUGACCUGGUAUGCUCGCAAACGUGGUUGGCUCCUAUGGGAACCUCGCUUUACAUAUUUGGAAUGUUCCUUGGUUACAUCGUUGGAGGUUGGCUUGGAGACAAGUACGGACGGAGGCCCACUGCAAUCGGAUUCUCUAUGUUGGAAAUAUGUGCUGGAAUAUUUGUGUCCUUGGCGCCAAACCAUCACGUUUAUCAUUUCGCGCGGACCGUUUCAGCUUUUGCCAACACUGGAAGAGCCUCAAUAAUGAGGAUUCUACCUCUAGAAAUCACUCUGGCCAAAUACAGGGGAUACUUCGUUUCUACAAUUAUCCUCGGUGUUCUGUUUUUCCAUCGGGCAGCCUUAGCUGGGUUCGCCUACCUAAUCCCCAACUGGAGACUGUUACAUGCCGUUGCGAUUGCACCCUGUUUGCUAAGCUUUCUAUUCUUCUGCAUAUUGCCCGAAUCACCUCGCUGGUUGAAUUCGCAAAAUAAACAAGCAGAAGCCGUUCGUGUCUUGAAAACUGGGAUGCGCUACAACAGAAUUUGUCAAAAGCGCAAAGCACAGUCACGGCAACUUGAGCUUCUACUGCGUAGGCUCGAAGCUAAUGAAACCACGAUUCCAGAGACUAGAAAAACUGGAAAAGUUAUGUCAAACAUUUUGCAGCACUUGAAACCAAGUUCUUUUGAUCGCCAGCAACUAAAGUUCCUAAUCAUUGGUGCUUUACUCAUGAAUACCCAGUCCCUCGCAUUAUUCGGUGUGGUUCUCUAUGCUCGAGUGAUCAAUGACUAUGUAUAUAUUGUAGUACUGGUCAAUUCACUUACCUCGAUUCCUGGACCUGUCAUUGCCUCAAUUGCUUAUCGAUUUUACAAGUAUCGUCGAUUGCCCCUAGCCGUUUGCCUGACAAUAGCAUGUGUGGCUUUAUCAAUCGGUGGCGCCUACACAUUAUUCUGCAAACCUGUGACCGACACUGUUCUGAACGUCUGUUGUAACUGCGCUCUCGUCAUGUACUCGGCCACUUUGGUAAUGUUAUCAACAUAUCUGGCUGAAUUGUUCCCAUCAGCGACACGAACACGCGCCAUGGGUAUAUUAUCGGGUAUUGGUCGGUUGGGUGGGAGCUUCUCGACAUUUGUGAAUCAGCUAGACGCUGCUGCUGGUCACGGCGUACCGGUUAUAUUCUAUGCGUGCGUCAGUGCACUACAGUUUUGCCUACUGUUCUUUCUGGCUGACACCAGUGGAGAAGGCUUGCAAGAUAAACGUACCGUUGUCAAAUUACCCGAACAGGAGUGA